AUGGUUCACACUAAUUUAGAAGGAUCUUUGUUUGAACCAACGCUAUACAUCGUCAAAGGCAUGUGUAUACUUGACAAUGAAGGCAACAGAAUCCUCGCCAAGUACUACGAUAAAGAUAUUCUACCGACACCCAAAGAACAGAAGGCAUUCGAAAAGAACUUGUUCAACAAAACCCACAGGGCCAAUGCUGAAAUCAUUAUGUUAGACGGCCUUACAUGUGUAUACAAGAGCAAUGUGGACUUAUUCUUCUAUGUUAUGGGAAGUUCACAUGAGAAUGAGUUAUUACUCCAAUCAGUUCUAAACUCACUAUAUGAGUCAGUCAGUAUACUUCUUCGUCGGAAUGUUGAGAAAAGAGUUCUCAUGGACAAUUUGGAUGCAGUGAUGCUCGCAUUCGAUGAGAUCUGUGAUGGCGGGGUGAUUCUUGACUCAGACCCGAGCUCCAUAGUUGGCAGAGCUGCCUUGAGAGGUGAAGAUGUGCCGCUCGGAGAACAGACAGUUGUUCAGGUAAUGCAACGGGUCAAUGACCUGUUUUGGGAAAUUUUUAAAAAUUAG